CAGGAAGUAAGAUGUGUGAUAUCAAAAGUGAAAGCAAAGAAACAGGAUUCAACUUUACCGUUAGUGCUGUUAAAUGAAACGCUCGUAGCUACGUACUUUAAGUCAAUGUGCCUCAUAGUUUUGCUUAAAUCGUAAGAUCACAUUUUAAAUUAACAGAUUAACGGUGGCUUUACUCUCCAGGUUGAAAAUGAAACUAAACAGGACAGAACCAAAAUGGCUCUUCACACUGAUUCUUGCAUUUCACAUCACAUCUGUACAUGUUGAAGCUUCUCAUGAUGAUGAUGCUGAUGUGAGGAUCCUGAUAGUGGGAAUGCGAGGCGACUCCAGGUUCAGCGCUGCAGAUAUUCUGUCAGGAAGGAAAGCCGGUGGACAGGAGGACAGAGAGAUUGUAAAGACUCCAGUAAUGACAGACGAGGGUCGUAGAAUGAUGCUGGUCACUGGACCAAACCUCUGUGAGGACGACACAGCAACACAGAGCUUCACAACAGCGCUGUUUCUCUCGUCUCCUGGACCUCACGCCGUUUUAAUCCUCCUGGAAGAUCAAGAAUCAGAAGAGUGUGAUGUUGUGAAACGAGUCCAGGAGCGGCUGGGAGCAGACGUUCUGCAGUACUGCAUUGUUCUUCUGCACCAAAAUCACCAGGAACGUUUGACAGGAGCGUCCAGAGAAAUGAUCAACGCGUGUGGAGGCAGAUUUCACAUGAUCAGAGACUCUGAUCCCAAACCUGCUCAAACAGCAGCUCUCGUAGCGGAAAUACACAAGCUAGUUUGGCUCAAUGCUCACAGGUUUUACUCAGGAUUGAAUAAGGAAAAACAGUUACAUACAGAAAAAGAAAAUCAGCUCUUGUCAGUAAUAUAUGACACUUUAGGAGGAGUAGCAGGAAUCAUAGGAUGGAUUUCUCUGGUUUCACUUACAGCUCUUGUUGUUUGCAAUAGAGGAAAUGACGAAAUGUUGCAUUUUGGGGCAAAAUUUGCAGUGAUUGUGUUGUUUAUGGUCUAUCUAAGACAUGUUCUGAGUCCAGAUGUUGCUAUACCGCUAAAUUUGGCCUUGAUAACGUCACUUGCAACAAUAUUUACAAGAAACUGCAGAGUAAUUGAAGAUUUUAAGUUUAGCAAUAGUAGUAGCGGUCCACACUCCAGCAAAACCAGUAGGGAUUUGAAAGCAAAUAAAGUAGAUCUAUUAAAGGUUUUCAUAGUAAGUAUGUGGUCUUUCAUUGUAUUUAUGUCCAUACCACUUAUUCUGGGUUCAUCUCUGGUCUUUGGGACAAUCAUUAGCGUCAGGUCAUGGUCAGAUGUGCUCAUCGCGUGUCACGCGGCUCCUGGAGUCACAGUCGGUGCUUAUGCAUUUAUAUUUCACAAUGAAAAGAAGGGUUGUGAAUCUCCAGUCUUUGUGCCCGGGUCAUUUCUGUGUUGUACCAUUGGGGCGACACUUUCAAUGGGGUUUGUGACUGUGUUUGCUCUACUUGGUGUGAAGAUGACAAUGAUGCUGCUAAUAUUAGGGCUUACACUUGCAUAUUGGCAUUUAAAGAGUGAAACUCUACAGGAAUUGAUUGGUUUUACUAUUCUUACACUGUUUUUACCAUGUGGUUGUGUGCUCAUUCUUGGUUCAGUCUUUCUUAUUUUAGGGCUGAUGAUGAGUUUUCUCAAAGUACUUAUUGAAAGCUUAGUCAGUUCUUAUUUGUUUUAUGUAGGAUUAUUCUUAGGAGCAUUAAUAAUUUGGAGAAAAAACAGUGACAACACCACCACCAAAUGACACCAUAUGUGUGUGUUUAUAUACACACACAUAUUUUACAUUUGUAAAUAUAACAGGAAUGUUGUGAUGUGUUAUAAUUUUAUGGCGUCAGCAAAGACAUUAAGCAAACAAGUUCUUUUAAAAAAGACUGGCAAUUCUGUGAUUUGGUAAUAAUUAAUCAACUGAUUAUUCUGCUUGCGUGGUAGUGUCCAUGGUAAUGUCAUUGCAUUAUACAUGUUUUCAUACUGAAACUGUUUUGUUUGAGUUUUUUUCACCAGCAAAUGUUCAAAAAUAAAAAAGACCUUCAUCACUGC